CCGACCAAACCCAAAUGCCAAUGCCACCACUCUCUCUCUCUCUCUCUCUCUCUCUCUCUCUCUCUCUUCCCUUGUCAUCGCCACAGCCCAUCUCUCCUUCAUAACCCUCUCACUCACUACAACUUUCCCAUUACAAGUACUCUCUCUCUCUCUCUCUCUCUCUCUCUCACUAUAUGCAUUGUGGGUUUUGUUUUGUCAAGAAUGAUAAGCUAAACCAAUUGUUUGAGCUUUCAACGGGGACAGGUAAGAGGAGACCCUCUAAUUUCUCAUUCAAGACUACUAUAUGUAUUUUGUAGUCUUAGGAUCAUUUUUGCCCCAUUUCCUUUUUGAUCCCAUGUGAUUAUAUAAAUAAGAAUUUUAUGAUUGAGACUUUGAGAUCAAAAUUCCUAGCAAUUGGUGGCAUGUACGUUUCUUACAAAUUUGAAGAUCUUUAUGAGAAUGAGAAAGGAGGUGAAGGUUUUCAUGCCCACAUACCCACAUUUCGAACUUUAUGAGAAGGGGAAAGGGCAUUUUUGUAGUUGGUCACAGUUAUAGCCUUCAUCAAGUGUUUGAUUAUUUAGUUUUAUGCAGAGAUUACUAAUUUUUCCUCCUGAGCUAGCCUAUGGAAGCAAAGGAGUCCAGGAAAUCCCUCCCAAUGCAACAAUAGAGAUAGAUGGUUUGAUUUGUUUCUCCAUGAAGGACAGUCAACAAACUGGACUUCUUAUUUGGUAACAUUCUCUUGUUCAUUUGUUUUAGUAUGAGAUUUCUUGGAUUGCUUGGUCAUUGCAUAUUAUUAAGGAAAUAGAUUAUGUCUUAAGUUUUCUUGUAGUCUAUUGGUAUGGCUCCCACUUGUCUUGCGACUGAUGCACGUGAUCAUUUACUAAAGGGAAGAACACUGAGAAGUGAGAAGUAGUAGUGCAGGGGCCACUAUGUUGUGGAAUUCCUCCUUGCAAUUCAUUAAUCAACUGUAAUUUUUUAAUCCAAAUUUUCAAUAUUCUCAUGAUUUUUUGCUCAACAACAUGAAAGACAAGGAAAAUUCCCUAUUCUUUAACUUGGUAUUAAGGCCAUUUCUGGUAAAAGCUUUCCUCGAGUACAGCUAGAAAUGCGUCCCUCUAGACACCAUAGAAGAGGAAUCCACCUCUCCAAUAAAUGCCAAAAGUUUCAUGAUUUUUAAUAUAGAUUCUUGUGCCCACUUUAUUCCUUUGCUAUGGGCCUAUAGCCUUAUAUUUACUCUCUCUUCUUUCCUGCACGUACGAUGAUCUUUUCAUCUCUUCUUCCCCUUUGCACACGCAAAAUGGUCAUCAAGCCAAACACAACACCGCACUUCCUUUGUAGCUGUAUCUUCUUUCUUCUUUUCCUUAGUGUUCAAUGUUCUUCUCAAAAGGCCUGUCCAAAUUGUGGCUCCAUUGAAGUCCCAUAUCCUCUAAGCACAAACCCCAAUUGUGGUGACCCAGACUACUCUCUUCGCUGUGAUCCCCACUCUAACAAAGUUUAUUUUGAUACCCUCAAUGGAAGUUCUUAUCUUGUACUCAGCAUUAUGGCUGCAUCUCAACGCAUGGUGGUGCAACCAUCGGCGUGGCUGCCCGAUAGAUGUGUUACUCAAGACAUGCUAGUGAGUGAGGGUCUCUGGUUGAACCAAUCUCUCCCUUUCAACGUCACUUCAUCUAACACAAUCUUCCUCUUCAACUGUUCACCGCGGCUUUUAGUCUCUCCUCUCAACUGCACUCCUUCUAGUCUUUGUCACCGUUACUUGGAUAGCUCGGGACAAGUUGACACAAAGAGAGCACUUCAAUGUGCAAGUAAUCUUGACCCUUGUUGCACCUUUGUUGCUGGUGGUAUGCCUUCAGCAUACAAGAUACGGCUUCACAAUUCAGGUUGUAGAGCCUUCAGAAGCAUCAUUCAUUUGGAUCCUGAGAAGCCUGCUGUUCAAUGGGAAGAGGGAUUGGAAAUUCAAUGGACUCCCCCACCAGAACCAGUUUGUAAGACUCAACUUGAUUGCUCAAGGGCUUCCAAGUGUUUACAUUCUGGUCUAAAUGGCCGCCUCCGUUGCCUUUGCAACAAGGGAUACCACUGGGACCAUGGUGUUGGAACGUGCUUGAGAAAGAAGAGAAACACUAAGGCUGGCCUCAGCUUAAAGGUUUUCAUGGGGGUAAUCUCCUUUUUCUCUCUGGCAGUAGCAAUGACUGCUAUUGCAGUAAGAAGAUCCUGGAAACUCUCCAACCAGCAGGCAAGGGUGGCCAAGGCAAGAGAGGACAUGUUGAGAUCAAGCAAUGGUGGGAAAUCUUCAAGGAUGUUUCACCUGAAAGAGAUGAAGAAAGCUACAAAUAAUUUCUCCAAAGAAAGGGUUUUAGGGAGUGGUGGUUUUGGUGAAGUCUACAAAGGUGAGCUUCAAGAUGGGACUGUUGUGGCUGUUAAAUCAGCUAGAGUGGGUAACAUCAAAAGCACAGAACAAGUUCUCAAUGAAGUUGGUAUACUUUCUCAAGUCAAUCAUAAGAACCUGGUUAGACUCUUGGGUUGUUGCGUGGAAGGUGAGCAGCCGUUGAUGAUCUAUGAGUACAUCUCAAAUGGGACCCUCCAUGACCAUUUACAUGGUAAGUUUUCCACAUUUCUGGACUGGAAAACAAGGUUAACAAUAGCUUUACAAACUGCUGAAGCACUGGCUUAUUUACAUUAUGCUGCAUACACUCCUAUCUACCAUCGAGAUGUCAAGUCCACAAAUAUACUAUUAGAUGAUGAGUUCAAUGCAAAAGUUGCAGAUUUUGGGCUGUCAAGAUUGGCUCACCCAGGGCUAAGCCAUGUAUCAACUUGUGCUCAAGGAACAUUAGGGUACUUGGAUCCUGAAUACUAUCGUACCUAUCAGUUAACUGAUAAAAGUGAUGUUUAUAGUUAUGGGGUUGUGUUGCUUGAACUUCUGACCUCCCAAAAGGUCAUUGAUUUCUCACGUGAUCAAGAUGAUGUCAAUCUAGCCACUUACGUGAUCAACCGGGUCAACAAUGGUGCAAGCAUGGAAGUUGUAGAUCAGCAGCUUCUUGGCAAUGAGCUCCCUGGUGAUACACUACUGGCAAGCAUAAAGCUCUUCUUAGAGCUUGCACUUUCCUGUCUUAGAGAGAAGAAGGGGAAUAGGCCUGGAAUGAAGGAUGUUGUUCAAGAAUUGCAGUGCAUAAUCCAAAUUGUUGAUCAAGAAGAGGUUACUAAUGAGGUUGGUAUUUAGAGUAUGAACGUAGUAUGAUGGUACUGUGAUAGUACUUUUUUUCUUUUUUUUUGGGGUGCUUGUGUUUGGAGUAUUUGCCUGUUAGAUAUGUUUGUUAUGUUUUUUUUAAUGUCUUUUUUUUUUUUUUUGGUUGCUAAAGUAUGUUUGUUAUAUGAAUGGAUAUCAUCUUUGAAUAUUCAUGUUGCAAAGUAGAAGGUGUGGAUGAGAGAAGGUAGUAUAAAUAAUUCCAAGAGGACGCUGAUCAUGAAUAGCCCAAAGAAGCUCUAAAGUGAUUCCAUGGUUGGAUUUAAGUGACUGGAAAAGAUAUAAAGAAAAAUUUGGGAUCAGAUGCUUGCUUUCCACAGAAAGUAGAUGGAAAUGCUCUAGAAGACAUGGACUUGCAGUUAAUGGGGUUAUUGGAAUCAAUUGGGGCUUAACAUGAUUAUUGCUUUGGAGAAAAACAAAUUAACUUUUGGAAAUGGAGAAAGCAGUUGCAUAUAUAUAGUUUGAAUUGGGAAAAGGGAUUGUCUAAAAAAGGAAAGCAUUAACUUAAAGUU